GUCCUUAUUUAACGCAUGUAAAAUUAAUGAGAUAAAAAUCAUUAUGGAACUCGUUGUGAAACAAACCAUAUGAUUCGUCCAUUGUAGGUUGAGUUCGAUUCGUGUUAGUCGUUUUAGUUUAUCAAAAUGUGAUAGAAAAGCAGUAAGUUUAAUGAAUUGGGCAUUUUUGAAAAAUGGAUCUUUGCUCCCGCCAAUUCAACUUUUUCGUGGAGGCCUCGACGCUGCUCUACUGCCUCACGUUGUUUACAUUUGUUGUUGUCGGAUUGUUUUUGUUCGUCCAAAGUGUUUAUUCGUUUUUCGAAAAGCAGAAGAUACCGCGCGGGCCGCUCCCGUCGCCGCCCUUCGGUAAUUUGAAGGAUGUGAUUUUCAAAAGGGUCAACGUCAACAUACAUUUAUGGAAAUAUUACAAUAGAUUCAGGAGGAAAAAGUACUGGUUCGGAGGGUUGUACAUACUGUUCAAACCCUUGGUGAUGAUCCUUGAUCCGUAUUUGGUGUACACCGUUUUAACAGACAAUAAUCAUUUCGAGGAUAUAGAUGACGAUAUAUCGGAGGAAAAUGCGUCUGCAAUUUAUGACGACGCAAUAUUAGUCGAGUUUCUAAAGAAAUACGACGCUUUAGAAGACAAGUUCCUCAAUACCAUCGAUUCUGCGACAUCGAUUUAUGACUUUUAUGUAAAAGCGUCGACUCACUUGAUCGGAAUUAGUCCCCUGGAAUUUUCCACAUUGGAAAAGAAGGAUCAUCCCAGGCAUCAAAGCACAUUCAGUUAUUACUUGUCCCUCAGUUACCCUCAGUUAUGCCAAACGUUCAAUAUUAAUUCUAAUUACGGUAACACCGGACUCACCAAUUUGCUGAGGAAAGAAUUGGAAAGAAGGAAAAAGAACGACAUUAGGAAAACAGAUUUACUCAACAAUGUCUCCAAUGCAAAUGAAUUGAACACUGAUGCUUACAUUAAGCACAUCAGUGAGUUUUUCUUCGACAGUUUGGAGUUCGGUCAGUCCCUUACGCAGUUCUGUUUAUACGAGCUGUGCGAAAAUGAAGACACACAGCAGGAACUUAUAGGCGAACUGAGGAGGUUUAGAAAAGACAAUGAUGUUAUUACUAGGGACAAUAUUGCAAAGUUAACUCUUUUAGAUGCCAUUAUUAAAGAAACUCUUCGAAAAUAUCCGCCUCAUGCAUCAAUUAUUAGAAGAUGUCAUAAAGAUUAUAAGAAUGAAAAAUAUCGACUAAAUCUUUUGAAAGAGUGCCUUACUGUUGUGUCUGUAUUUGGAAUACAUCAUGACCAACUAAACUUUCCAAAUCCAGAGCAAUUUGAUCCUGAUAGAUUUUAUGUAGAAAACGAGAAGUACAUGAAGUCGUACUCAUUUAUACCAUUUGGUGUAGGAGCAAAGAGUACUAUUGGUAUGAAGUUUAUUGUGUUGCAAUUAAAAUUAUGCAUUUUAAGUAUUUUAUCCAGAUAUAAAGUGACCUUAAAAAGUUCAAGCAAUUUGGUGUAUGAUCCAAAGAAACUAACAAUAUCUCCUUCCUCGCCUUUAAUAUUCCAUUUUGAACUAUUGUAGCAAUAAAAUAUUUGUUUGAAA